AUGGAUUCGUUCGCCAUUACAGAGGGCCUUGUCGCCCAGGAGCCACAAGAUGACCAGCCAGAAGUCUCCAGCAAACUGUCCGAGGAGACCAACAAGUUCCAGCGCGCUAUUGCAGCCUGGCGAGGGAUUGACUUGGCCAGCACUAUUGCCAAACUCGAUACAACCGCAUCGGACAUUGUUUCACAUCAGCGGGACGCGCUCGUACAAAGGAAGGAACUGGCCCAAAAGACCAAGGACUUCAAGAAACUGGAGGAUGAAGCAAAGCUUUCGGAGUACAAGGGGCUGUUGAAGGCUUACCAGUCCUUUAUCGACCUCUUAACCAACCAAGGGAAAGCUUCGUCAUCCUCGUUUCUACAACUCUAUUCGUCCUUGUCCGAGGCCCCGGAUCCAUACCCACUCCUCGAAGCCUCCGUUGACUCGCUUGUUCUAUCCGAAGACACAGUCCCGAAACUCAAUUCAGAACGGGACCAAUUACAGCAGUCUGUCGAUCGUCUUACGAAGCAGCAGGAGGAAACCGAAAGACGUCUUCAGGAAGAGCGGGCUGCGAGAAAGAAGCUUGAAGAGAACCAAGAGUCAAGAGCUAAAGAGAUCGAAGCAUCUUGGGGGGCAGUGUUGAAAGAAAAGACAAACAACUGGGAGGCGAAGGAGAAGAGCUUAGAAGAGAAGGUAGAGAACCAGGACCGAUUGAUAAAGGAGCUCAAGGCCAGCUACGAAGUCUCUCAGCGCCUGGGUGGCGAGAAUGAUGAUAAUGAGGGUGCCCGCAGUGGUGCUACUGCUGCGGAGCUGGAGCUUGUCUCUGCUGACUUGGAGAAGACCAGCCUGAGAUUGGCGGAUAUGGAGGCGCGGAACGAGCAGCUGCGGUUAGAGCUGGCCCAGGCAGUAUCAUACUCAAACCCUGACCAUCCUAUCUCUGUCGAAGAUGACCCUGGCUACCAGCGCUUGCAGUCAGAGAACUCUUCCUUGCUACGAAAACUGGAUGCCGCGCGCUAUGACAAGGAUUCGACCCGACACUCCUGGGAGGGUAAGCUCCUCCAGGCGGAACGGAAUGCUUCGAAGGCCGCUGCCGAGAGGGAUGAGCUGCGCUCGCGACUUGAGAAGGUUGCUGAUUACGAUGAGAUCCGCCGGGAGCUGGAGAUGAUCAAGUCGGUUGAAUUUGCGGCGGGAGAUGAUGAGGACGUUGGAGAGGCAGCAGCUACCGAAGAAGAUGCCACUGGCACUAAUGGUGCUACCACAAAGACCAAAGACAAGAGCUCUUUGGAGCAACUUCUUAUAGCCCGAAACAAGAAGCUGACCGAUGAACUUGCCGUCCUGCGGGUAUCAACACGCGACCUUCAGGGGCAAUUGGAGUCUCUACGUGGCGAGCUCUCGACUACCAAGAAGGAACUUGACAAGUCUCGGGGCUUGUCCAGCACACUAGAGAAUGAUCUGCUCCGGGUGCAGGAGGAGGCUGCCAAUGCAUUCCCAUCAUCGGCAAUAUCUGUCGCGGGCACUUAUUCUUCGAGAUACCCUCACUCCUCGCGACGGGGUGGUGCGGUAUCUCCAACCUCGUCGAUCAUCUCUGGCUUUGAUCAGAGCUCUGCCUCCGCUAGUACCAUGGAGGCCAUUCGUGCCGGGGAGGCUGUUGGCGGCGGCUCCGGCCUUCUCCCCAUGAUUCAGGCCCAGCGGGAUCGUUUCAAGAAGAAGAACUCCGAGCUUGAAGAGGAGCUCUCUAAGAUGUAUAGCACCGUCAAGUCUCUUCGACAGGAAGUCUCAACACUUCAGAAGGACAACUUGAGUCUUUAUGAGAAGACCCGCUAUGUUUCCACCUACAGCCGGGGCCAAGGGGCUUCUACGUCAGCAUCCUCCUAUGCCAAUGCACCCAGCUCGUCAUCUGUCUAUGCUUCUGCAGACACGCCCUCCGGUCUCUCCAUGGACCGGUACCAAUCAGCUUACGAGGCCCGCAUUUCGCCAUUUGCUGCGUUCCGAGGUCGUGAAUCCACCCGUGCGUACAAGCGCAUGAGCCUGCCAGAGAGGGUCGUAUUUUCUCUCACCCGCAUAAUUAUGGCGAACCGAACCAGCCGAAACUUAUUCGCUAGUUACUGUUUCGCUCUACACCUUCUCCUCUUCGUCAUGCUCUAUAUGAUGAGCACGAUGGAGAUUGAGAAGCACAGCGCUAUGAGCGCUGUUGGUAGUGCUGCUGCCGCUGCGUAUGGUAGCAGUGGUGGGAGUGGUUUUGGCGGCAGUGGCAGUGGCAGUGGCAGUAGUAGUGGUCAGCUGCACGGUGACGACUGGCAGCAGGAGGGUUUCAAUCAAGCCGGCUGA